CCCGACACUACCCUUUUUAAAAGCCAGCCGAAAACGACCGACCGACCACGAUCACCACUUCAUCAUUUAACCAAUCAAAUAACGCCACGUGUUAUUUGCUUUUUUUUUCUUCUUCUUCUUCCUUAAUUUUUUUUUUCUUGUUUCCUAAUUUAUAAUUCAUAUCAAAUCUUCAGUCUCAGAUUCUCUCUCCCCAAAAAACGAUUCACAUAAUCUUUUUGUUUUCUACUUCUGUUAUCUUCUCUUGGAUUUUGCUUUAUACUUCCAUUAGCUUCUGAAAAUUCAGUUUAAGUUAUGGCGUAUUUGAGUGAUGGAUUUGAAAUGAAGUCGACUCGUGAGUAUGAGAGAUUAGGGUUAGGGUUUGUGAGGUUUACUAGAGGAUUAGGGAGGAAAAGGAUUCUCAUAUCUAAACGAGCUCCGGAAAAUGAUUCGCCGCCGGUGAAGAGACCAAGUCAUGAAACGACGGAAUCUUGUAGGUCUCUGCUUGAAACUCUGCAUCAAGAUAUUUUGAUUCGAGUACUUUGUCAUGUGGAUCACGAGGACCUAGCCACACUAAAACGUGUAUCUAAAACAAUAAGAAAAGCUGUAAUUGAAGCAAAGAAGUCGCAUUUUGAUUAUAGCACACCUAAAAAGAGAUUGCCAUUUCGAGACGCAAUACUAAUCCUUGAUUCAAAUUCGAAUUCCAGUAGUCAAGAUGAUGAAAUGGAGCCUCCUAAUGCACCAAUUCGAAGGAGGUUUAUUAAUCGAGAAUCGGAUUUGUCGAAGAUCUCUAUGGUAUUGUUUAAAUGAAGAAGAAAGGUAAAAAAAAAGAAUCAGCUAAUUGUGCAGAAGAUGAGGAAAGAACAAGACAUAGAAGAGUUUGCUUUUGCUUCAAUUCUUUAUCAUUGAAGCUUUUUAUUAUAUUUACUGACCAUGUGAAUAUAACCAAUUAUUUGCAGACUUUGGAAGGUUAUUUAUUAUUUGUGAAUAAUUUAUUUGUUUUGUGAUCAGAGUAUCCUAAGUAUUGAUUUUGUCCUUUUCAAUUAAAUAUUGUUAAGAUUCUUUUUUAAUACUGCUAUUUCUUG